AUGAAAAAAGUAGUUGCCUGCGUGGUAGUGUUGGCCUCAGUGCCAGUGACGUUAUGCAGUGGCCCAACUGGAACAGUCCCGAACAGCUGGUCAAACGCUGGGCCAUUGACGAGCGGGGUGAACAUUGCAGCUUCUGGGGAGCCAGAUGGCUUUUCGCCGGCUGUUCAGGCUACAGCUGAUGUCCCUCAGAGUGCGAAGACUACAGAUGAAGAGGCUUCCAUUGCGCUGAAGGCAAGGGUGUCAUCUGAGCCGCCAACAGGAAAGCCUGAGGGGAAGGGUGCUGAAAGUGAAGCAAAGGCACCAGAAGUAUCCAGUGUAGUCCACCAGGAAAAACGACUUUUGGGGAAUGGCCACAAGGCUCUAAGCUUGGGUCUCCUCAUUGUGGCGUUGGCGUUUAUUGCAAGGGUGUUUGCCUCAAAGCUUGCAUUGACAGGAGGACUGCCAAGGCAGGCUGAUGGGGGCAUUCCAGACUCGGGACCAGAAGUCGUCUCACCAGAACCUGGGGGUGACGAUUUGAAAGAAGACGUGCAGCCCGCCGUUGAGGCGUUGACUAGUGGAGCUGCGCAGACCGAACAUCUUGAUGUAGGCGCACAGCUUGAACGGGAAAUUCAAAACCUGUUGGAAGCCUUUAGGCGUUCGACAGUCAGGACAGAGUUAUGGGCGAACAAGUCAGAGACUGCUCUGCUCUCCGGGAGGGCAAAAGGAGGGGAUGGACCUAGUCCGGAUUCGGCUUUGGGCUCUCUUGUGACCAAGGUGUCAUCGAUAGCAUCUUCGUUGUCCCAAAAUACUGGAACACUCUUUGCCGAGCUGGAAAGGCUCACAGAAAGAGUCGGAAGUGCAAGGACUCCGGAGCAGGUAGCGAAUGCGGCAUAUCUUCUCCGAGAGUUGCUAGGAGCCUUGGAGAAAAUUGGGGGGAGUGCCGGCACUGACUUUUUCAGACUUACAAAGCUAACUGCCACUAUGGCCAAUCAGUCAAAGGCGCUCCUUCAGGUAUAUCCAGACGUUGUCGUACUAGCGAAUAACUUGUCAGAACAACUACCAAUACCUUAUCCAAGCCAUUUGCCCAGCCCAACGCCUGGUGAAAGCCAGAUUUCACCGGUUGAUUUGAGGAUGAUCGUCGAUUCAGUGAGUGUCUCCGAGGCCCUUCAGCAAGCAAAAAUGCAAAGGAUUCUUCGUAGUCAAUUGUCGAAGAAGGAAUUUCCUUAUUUGAUUCUGUUAUUAGAACGGGCUGGAGCGCUUCAACGAGAGAUGCAGGCUGCUGUGAAAUCACUGGUGCAGGCUCAGGAAAGAGCGGAGGAGGGAAGGGUACCGAGCGAUCCUGCUGGCCUGAAAUCAUACGUAGAUACCCUGAAGGCUAUAAAGGAGAAGCAGGCAGCAUUGGGGGAGGAAAUGAAGUUGGAAUUGGACUUAUGCGUUGAACAAGCAUUAGAGCACCUUGAGGCAGCCCAUACUUUGCUAGUGCGAGGUGGAGGUGAGCGCUGGAGAAAAAGCGCCCACCCACUGUUGGGUCUGGCAAGAACACUCAAAAGGCACUGCGCCACUGUGAGAGAAGCCCUGUCUAAGUGGGAGGAUAACAUUGGCAAUACCACCGAAUGA